GUAAGUGCUGAUCAGGUCUACUCUGAGAAAUGUUAAUGGUAAAUUAAGAAACAAACAGAAGAGAAACAACUUUAAAACUGACUCCAUUAAAAAAAAAAUCUUUAUAGUAUCAUACCUUUUACUCAAAACUAAUCCGCGUGGAGGUGUUGAUUUGUCUUCUAUUGAAACACUGCAGGAUAUUAUAUAUUUCCUGCCUUGGUCCAAUGCUGGCACAAGAAAAAACAGCUAAUUUAUUUGAAGCACACAGAAUGAAAAUGUAAAAAGGUAGAUCUCCAGUAUAUUUGCAACUACUGAAGCAACUACACGAUUUGCUUGACAAAACUGGCAGUAGUCCACAUUUUCACCAGUAUCGCAGAACAUUGCAGAAAUGAAUGCAGAGCAACUACUACCACAGGUGUCUCCAAAGCAGUGCCUUCUGGACCUUUACACCAAAAGAGAUAAAGUGGAGGCAUACCUUCAAUCUCUGAAGACCAGGAACACUGUUAUUACAAGCUCAGCAGAACACAUCAAGCAGCAGAUUUCUGAUCAGUAUGAAACAAUUAGAAAAGUAAUGAACAACGAUGAGAUAGCUACCAUGGAACUCAUUGACAAUGAAAAGAGGGUUGCAUUAGGGAAAAUCCAAAAGAUCGUCAAGGAAUGGACUAACAAUUUGGAUGAAAUAAAUCAAUCAAUCAAAAUAACCCAGAAGAUCAUUGACCAAGAAGAGAGCAAGCUGCAGUCAAGUGAAGGUCAGGAAGAAAGCCAAAUCCAAUCUAGAGAUGCUCAAGAAGAGAGUCAAAGCAGCGGAAGUCAAGCCACAGAUGUGAAGCCAACAGCAUUUGGCUAUUCAAAGAAAACGGAGAAUGAAAUAUAUGUCAUUAAAUUAGACGAAGGCAAAUUUCAGAAGAUAUCGAAAUUCAUACGAAACAUUUCUACCAAUCUGCAUUCACAAUUGCAAAGGAAGAUAUUCUUAUUAGAGUAUUCGCCAGUCAUCUUUGAUAUUGCAUCAGCACACAAGAAUGUGCUGGUUUCAAAGAAUCAAACCAGUGUAUGUGUGACCAGUGAAACACUGAGUGUUCCUGACAGCCCUUUGCGAUUUGACAAGGUCUACAAUAUCUUGGCCGCCAAAGGACUGAUGAGAGGAAAGCAUUAUUGGGAGGUGCAGGUCAAGUCUUCCUCCCAAUGGUCUGUUGGAAUUGCAUAUGGAUCAAUAGAAAGGAAAGGUAAACACAAAUCCACAAAACUUGGAAGAAACAGACAAUCUUGGUGCAUUGAACUCAAGGCCAGUCAGCUAUUCGCAUGGCAUAAUGACAGAAAUGUCAACUGCAGCAUGAAACCCUCUAAGUUGGAUAAAGUAGGGGUGUACAUUGACUAUGAGAAAGGACUUGCGGCAUUUUAUGAUGUUGAUAGCAUGAGGUUAAUACAAGAAUUCUCCAGCGUCACAAGAAGUAUUUUUGACAGAAUGCAUCAUCAUUUCACUGAACCAAUUUACCCUGCUUUUUGUCUCUUUCCAAUAGCUACCUCUCCUGUAUACUCUGACAAAUUGGAGAUUUGCAAAUCUGAUAUUUAGGAAGCAGCCAUAAAAAUGUACUAUUCUGAAAUUAUAGGUAUUAUAUAUUGAAUGCUAUAUUGUAUGCUACAUUAUAUGCUAUAAUUCACAAAGGUUCAAAUUUGGAUUUGACAAAAAGCAGUAAAAUGAAAUAAAGCGCUCCCACUCAUGAAGAUAAAGGUAACAGGUUGCCAUUUAAUCCCAGCCCACUCUUCAUCACAUUUACAGUUUUAUUUACGAAAGUCAACAACUGGAGAAGAAAAACACUUCUACAACACGUCGCCAACUACAACAUGAUCCCACCACCUAUCAUAUCUUCCCCACCCUAUCUGAUUUCCGCAGCAUCCACCUUUUCCAUGACUCCUUGGCUUGCUCAUCCCUCCCUAUCCUUGGCACUUUACCCUGCAACAAUAGCAGGUUCAAUACCUGUCACAGUGGUACAGCAGGUACAGUGGUACAGAGCUGUUACACCACAGCCACAGAGACCCAGGUUCAAACCUGGUCCAAUCCCUCACGACCUAUGUCACCCUUCAUCUCUUCAAUAACUUCCGUUUUCCAGGCCCCCAUUCCCUCAUCUUUACUAUGGAGUUUCAGUUACUCUACACGUCCAUCCCCCAUCAGGAAGGCCUUAAAGACCUCCAUUUCUUCCUUGGCCGCAGAACCAGCCAAUUUCCUUCUACCAAUACUCUCCUCCUCCUCUUACUUUUAACAACUUCUCCUUCGACUCCUCCCACUUCCUCCAAAUCUGACUACCCAUGGGCACUCGUAUGGGCCCCAGCUAUGCCUGUAUCUUUACAGGGUACAUCAAACUAUCCCUGUUCCAGGCUAAAUCUGGCCCUAUACCCAAACUCUAUCUCUGCUACAUUGACGACUGCAUCGGGGCUACCUCCUGCACCCAUGCAGAACUCAGAGACUUCAUUAACUUCACUACUAAUUUCAAAUCCUGCACUCAAAUUCACUUGGACCAUCUCAGACUUUCCCCCUUCCAUUUCUUGAUCUCACCGUCUGCAUCACAGGAGACUGUUGAAUGACUCCCACAGCUAUCUACACUUCUCCCUACCCUGCUUCAUGCAAAGACUCCCAUUUCCUCCGUCUACACCGCAUCUU